AAAAAAACAGAGGGAAACCUCAGCCCCCGCUACAGCAGCCCACGAAACGUGCCUCUCUCAAGGCGCACGCGGGUGGCCAGCUCUUGAACAGGAGGUCAGCCGCUCAUCAGUGUAAGCAGCCCAGUAGCAGCAACCCCCCCCCCCCGCCGCCAAAAUAUCUGUGUUUCGUCGGCUCUGUCGUCUGUCCUGUUGUCCUCCAGAAGCACAGCGCAGGAUUUCGCAUUGUCGGCACAUCCCGCAAGUCACGUCUUCCCGUGUGGUACCAUUUGUUUCCCGUGGCAGAUGUCCCGGUGCGUCGUCGUCCGAACACGGGACUACAAGUGAUGCUUUGAGCAGCACUGUUGCUCUUCACCUCUCUGCAGCAAAGCGGACUAGAAAUGGUCCUAUGCUCAACUAAGGUUAGACUCUCAGUCAUCAGAGGGUCAGAGGCAGAGGCACAUCACCCACCCGCCUCCUGGCUUGGACGAGCUGUCCGUCUGCCUGCAGUCGCCUGAACAGCAGCGAAGACAGACAGGGAACGUACGCUGUAGUUGUGCUGCCUGUGUGUGUGUGUCUGUGUGUUUAUGUGUGCGUGUCAGCACUUCAGUGCCUUUAGUGUUUUCCCCAAGUCCUUCACUCUCUGUGGGCGCGUGUAUGGAUCCAGUGAUGUGUGGUUGUGUCGAGGUGGGCAGUUAAGAGGAAGACGGGACCUAUUCAAGUCAGCAAAACGCAAUCGAGCACGUGAGGCUGUCUGUGUGUAUGUGUGUGUGUUUGGGGCCAGUUGUUGACCAGGCUAUGAGUGAGUCUCAGAGGGAGAGCUGUUCGGUGCUGAGUUGAGUUGAGCACAACAGGAAAAAUCCACAAGAGAAGCAACCAUGGGGCUUGGCCAGUCCAGCAAGGCUCCAGUCACAGAAGACACAGAUGAGGUUAAUUUCGACCAUUUCCAGAUCUUAAGGGCAAUAGGAAAAGGGAGCUUCGGAAAGGUCUGCAUUGUGCAGAAGAAAGAUACCAAGAAGAUGUAUGCCAUGAAGUACAUGAACAAGUUAAAAUGCGUGGAGCGGAACGAAGUGAGGAACGUCCUCAAAGAACUCCAGAUCAUGCAGAACCUUGAACAUCCUUUCCUGGUCAACUUUUGGUAUUCCUUCCAAGAUGAGGAGGACAUGUUUAUGGUGGUGGAUCUGCUUCUGGGCGGAGACCUGCGCUACCACCUCCAGCAGAAUGUGCACUUCUCAGAGAGCACUGUCAAACUCUACAUCUGUGAAUUGGCUCUGGCUCUGGGAUAUCUCCGCACCAAGCGCAUCAUACACAGAGACAUCAAACCUGACAACAUACUACUAGAUGAACAUGGGCACGUCCAUCUAACAGACUUCAACAUCGCAGCCAUUGUAAAAGACGACCUCAAAGCAACAUCCAUUGCUGGAACCAAACCAUACAUGGCGCCUGAGCUCUUUCAGUCCUUUGAGGGGUCCCACCCCGGCUACUCCUUCUCUGUUGACUGGUGGUCACUGGGGAUUACGGCCUAUGAGCUACUAAGAGGACAGAGGCCAUAUGUGAUGAAAUCUAGUACACCAGCCAAUGAGAUCCUGCAAACAUUUCACAAGGUCCAUCCUAGUUACCCAGCAGCCUGGUCUUUGGAGAUGAAGUCUCUUCUCAGAAAGUUGCUGUGCAUAGAUGUCCAGAAACGCAUUUCCUGUCUAGCAGAGCUACAGGAUCUGGACUACAUGUCAGACGUCAACUGGGAUGCUGUGCUCAGCAAGCAGGUCCCUCCAGGUUUUAUUCCAAAUAGGCGAAGGCUAAACUGUGACCCCACAUUUGAGCUAGAGGAAAUGAUCCUGGAGUCCAAACCACUUCACAAGAAGAAGAAAAGACUUGCUAGAAAAACCAAGGAGCAUGGCUCUGAUGGCUCUCCGCAGAAUGGGCAGCUGCAGCAGCGUUUGGAUAAUGUCCAGAGAGACUUCAUUGUCUUCAACAGAGAAAAGUCAAGAAAAGCAGUGGCGGACACCGAGUCCUCUGAAUUGUCCACAAGUGAGAAGAACAAGGCAAUAGAAGAUGGACAGAACAACAAUAUCGAGCCAGCUGCCUACUUAUCAGGAUAGAUCUCAUGAUGCGAGAUCCCUGCUUACUCCCUCAUCACUUGCACCUGCCCACGGCUUAUAUCUAUCUGCAAUUUGCACCCAGACACAUAUUAUUCUAUGAGCACAGGCACUCGAAACUGGCCUUCAGUGUUCCUGCACCACUUUGUUAUCCACAACACAAAUGCGCCACAGUAUGCACUUGUGCAUCUCUGUUCACUCACAAAAAAUAAAUUGAGAAGAACUCCAGGACUGCAGGAGUGAAAUGGACUCCUGGAGCAGCAGCCAUGCCCGAGCGAGGCAUUUUUCCUGUCACCAAGAAGAAUGGCUCUCAGCAGAGUGUCACUCAUAUAAUGUUCCCUUACAUCCAUCUGGUGCUCUAAUAUCUGCUCAGCCUCUACUCCGAGCAGUUGCUGAGGUGAAAUGGUAGUCACUUCCCUGCCUGACAAAGCCACAUCUGAUCAGCUGGUCAACCAUGGCCAAAAGCUAUAUGUGCUGCUGCUGCUUGGAUGGGAGACUUUUUAGUCCGUGGUGGUUAUGUAAGUGUAACAUGGUUCACCAGUGCUACAUAAAAAAUGACAACAAGACGGAAUUAGACCGACAACAUAGCAGAUGGGCAGCAGGUGUUGAAGAACACUGAGGAUGACACCAUUGUACAGUGUGCUCUAUUUAAUAUCGGGACAUGAGCAUGACAAUAGGAGUGCAAAACAUUAAAACUGAACAACUUUGAAACAUAAAACAAGAUAUUUGAUUUAACACAGCAAACACCAGUUCCUCUAAGAAAAAAUUCUGUGUAGCUAAAUUGUAGAACUGAGCACGAAUGGCUCAUUUUAUCAGAGCAGCAGGUAUAUGUUGGUAGUGGUCAUGUUGCAUAGCUUUGCCAGUUAACAAAGAUGAUAGGAUUUUAGCAUUUGGUUUGAAGUCCCAGUUCCAAUCAACAGCAGAUAUAAGCAAAGCAUCCCAUAUGUUUUCUUGACUUGCUUAUGGGUCAUGAUGUUUAUUUAAAAUGCAGCUACCAAACUAGCUUUUUCUCUCAACCUUGGAUGUUUAUAUGGAGCUUUUACGUUUCAUGCUGACUUUAAUCAGUGUGUCCUGAUGGAAAUCUUCAUCAAAACGCUGACAUUUUGGACUAACCUUUGCUUCAAUCUGCAAAUGACAAACUGGGUCUUCACAAAAAGGUUCACUGCGAUGAAAACAUAGAAAAAAGCUAGAGGGUAGAUGUUAUAUGUUCUGCACUGAACCUCGCUUUGCACACGCUUCUUCAUAAAGUGUAGCAUUUAUGCACAGAGAAACAAAAAAAAUAAAGAUCUUAUGCUGUGAGUGAAUAUUUAUCUCCUUAGGGUGGUUUUCUAGAUGAUGAUUAAGCUGACUCCUAGACUGCAUUCAUUUUUCAGUUAUUGUCUGCACUCAUGUCUGUUUUUGUAUUUUUUACUUAUGUUCUUCCUCUUUUGUGUUGGAUACAACCAAAUGCAUAUGUGCCACCAGAUAAGUCUGCAAAUUUGUAAUCGCUCUUAAUUGCUCCCAUAAAAAACAGAAUCCAUUUGCAAUCUGUCGCUGCAUCAACACAUUUGUGCAGCUGCUACAACACUGAUAUAAAAUUUGGCAGCAUCCAAAUGAAUACAAGGCGUGAAAACACCCUUCUUUCGUUCAGUAAGAUUUGCCAUAGACUUGUUCAAUAUUAUAUCCGAAAACCACACCUGCCUCUGAGGUUUGCAGAGGGGUGCCUUAGACCAUAGAUAUGGCACACAGCUGGUUCCCAUAGCUAUAUGUGCAUGUUUUAAAAACCUGAGUUCUUUUCACAAUCUGUAAGUCAAUGUGAUUUAUACUAAUCCCACUGUGCCACUCUAUUGACCUUGAGCUUGUCUAGCUGCAGUAUCACUCAAUCCUUUCAAGUCUAUGAUCUCUUGUAAUUACAUUUAAAAUGUAGUUUAAUCUCUAAUUGAAUGACUCUUGGCACUUUUCUACUGAAGACAGGUGCAAUGUUUUUCAAAUUACUUUUGUGGUGUCGUUGUUGUUGUUGUCAUAGAUGUGAUUUUAGAAAUUCAAAGGUGGGUUUCUGUAAAAGGUGUCUGUAUAUUAUAAGGUGGGAUAGUUCAGUAGAUGGAAUAAUCCUGGAUACACGUCAAGCAAACAGUAUUUCAAUUUGAUCUUAUACGGGUAUCAAAAUGUUGGAAUUAUUGCCUCAAUGUGGCACAUUUGCCACCUUCAAAAACCAAAAGAAAAACAACAACCCCAAAACAAAACUCAAUGGCAAAUGGUACUUGACCCAGGUAAUAUAAUUUCUCAACAAAACAUAUGUGUUAGAAGAAAAAGAAGAAGAAUUUAUUCUGAGAAUACACUUGUUCCACACAUGUGAAUCUCACCCCUCUUACGGUUUUGUUGUCCUUCAGUUGUCACUGUGUGUUUAUUGUAAUUAAAUGUGUUGGGGUUGCAAACUGUUAAGGUGUGCCUUAAAUAAUAACUUUCUUUUUCUGAACCAA